AUGUCUGCCACACCCACACCUGCAGGUGAAGGAGCCAGAAGGGAUGAACUUUUUGGGAUUCUUCAAAUACUCCAUCAGUGUUUCCUGUCCCCAGGUGAUGCUUUUGUUUUCACUGGCGUCUGUUGUUCCUCGAGGCAAAAUGGCAAGCCACUGUAUUCACAAAAGGAAGAUAAGGAAGUACAAACUAGAUACAUGAAUGCUCAAAUUGAAAUUAUUCCAUGCAAGAUCUGUGGAGACAAAUCAUCAGGAAUCCAUUAUGGUGUCAUUACAUGUGAAGGCUGCAAGGGCUUUUUCAGGAGAAGUCAGCAAAGCAAUGCCACCUACUCCUGUCCUCGUCAGAAGAACUGUUUGAUUGAUCGAACCAGUAGAAACCGCUGCCAACACUGUCGAUUACAGAAAUGCCUUGCCGUGGGGAUGUCUCGAGAUGCUGUAAAAUUUGGCCGAAUGUCAAAAAAGCAGAGAGACAGCUUGUAUGCAGAAGUGCAGAAACACCGGAUGCAGCAGCAGCAGCGCGACCACCAGCAGCAGCCUGGAGAGGCCGAGCCGCUGACGCCCACCUACAACAUCUCGGCCAACGGGCUGACGGAACUUCACGACGACCUCAGUAACUACAUUGACGGGCACACCCCUGAGGGGAGUAAGGCAGACUCCGCCGUCAGCAGCUUCUACCUGGACAUACAGCCUUCCCCAGACCAGUCAGGUCUUGAUAUCAAUGGAAUCAAACCAGAACCAAUAUGUGACUACACACCAGCAUCAGGCUUCUUUCCCUACUGUUCGUUCACCAACGGCGAGACUUCCCCAACUGUGUCCAUGGCAGAAUUAGAACACCUUGCACAGAAUAUAUCUAAAUCUCAUCUGGAAACCUGCCAAUACUUGAGAGAAGAGCUCCAGCAGAUAACGUGGCAGACCUUUUUGCAGGAAGAAAUUGAGAAUUAUCAAAACAAGCAGCGGGAGGUGAUGUGGCAAUUGUGUGCCAUCAAAAUUACAGAAGCUAUACAGUAUGUGGUGGAGUUUGCCAAACGCAUUGAUGGAUUUAUGGAACUGUGUCAAAAUGAUCAAAUUGUGCUUCUAAAAGCAGGUUCUCUAGAGGUGGUGUUUAUCAGAAUGUGCCGUGCCUUUGACUCUCAGAACAACACCGUGUACUUUGAUGGGAAGUAUGCCAGCCCCGACAUCUUCAAAUCCUUAGGUUGUGAAGACUUUAUUAGCUUUGUGUUUGAAUUUGGAAAGAGUUUAUGUUCUAUGCACCUGACUGAAGAUGAAAUUGCAUUAUUUUCUGCGUUCGUACUGAUGUCAGCAGAUCGCUCAUGGCUGCAAGAAAAGGUAAAAAUUGAAAAACUGCAACAGAAAAUUCAGCUAGCUCUUCAACACGUCCUACAGAAGAAUCACCGAGAAGAUGGAAUACUAACAAAGUUAAUAUGCAAGGUGUCUACAUUAAGAGCCUUAUGUGGACGACAUACAGAAAAGCUAAUGGCAUUUAAAGCAAUAUACCCAGACAUUGUGCGACUUCAUUUUCCUCCAUUAUACAAGGAGUUGUUCACUUCAGAAUUUGAGCCAGCAAUGCAAAUUGAUGGGUAAAUGUUAUCACCUAAGCACUUCUAGAAUGUCUGAAGUACAAACAUGAAAAACAAACAAAAAAAUUAACCGAGACACUUUAUAUGGCCCUGCACAGACCUGGAGCGCCACACACUGCACAUCUUUUGGUGAUCGGGGUCAGGCAAAGGAGGGGAAACAAUGAAAACAAAUAAAAGUUGAACUUGUUUUUCUCAUGCAUAUGAUUUCCAUUAUGCCUACAGAUAUGGACCCUUUUUCUGUCUUGACUUCUUGAUCGUUGACCUCUGUUUACAACAGAAGGAGGGUACUAAAGUUGGAGGAUUUCCUUUUCUUGUAGCUCACUGCCCACAGACUUUCUACAGAGUCAGCAAUCUGUCAGUAACAACAGAGAGUCCAGCAAUAAUCGGUGACUGGUGUGCAUAGCGGAGGUUGCGGCAUUACUUUGCACAACUGGUUCUUUGUUUCAUGAAGGAAGUUUUUAUUUUUUCACCGAUUAUUGCCAGUCCGCAGGAUGGCAUGAAAAGGGUCCAUAGUAGUAGCAACAAUAGCAUUAUAAUAUAUUACAGGGUAAAUGGGCAUGAAGACUAUAUAUAGCUAAAAGAGAUAUUGUUUAUAUAUUGUUUUAAGUAAUAUAAAAUGUAGUUACUGGUGUAGCUUUUCCUGUUGAAUUGAUAAGGCACUUUCAUUUUGCACCUUUUUCUUUAAAUUAAAUGCUAGCGUGUUCACUGUCGUGUCGCAUGUGCACCAGAAACACAAGUUUAACUGAGAAGGCUUGGAAGGUACGUCGGGAGGUAUUUAUGCUGCUGUUUACAAAAUUACUUUUAAAAGACUGGCUGGUCAUAUCUAGAAAUCACCACGUUGGAUUUUUUUUUUUUAACAUGUGAAUUUGGAAUGAGAAACGGAACUCUCCCUAAAUUAUACUUUGCUUUUUGGUAAGUUUAAGGAUAGAUGUGUUUAUGCUUCAUACAAAGUUGAAUGAUUGAUUGGCACGGUGGACGUAUACCAUCAUGCUCUUUUUUUGUUUUGUUUUGUUUUGUUUUUAAAGCUUUUUAAAAUGCCACCUCAUGGAGGCAAGGGAGGGGAAGCUCAUUUUACACAAUUCGGUAGUUAAAUAUGGACUCGGUCUCAACUUGGAAUUCUUAUGCUUUGAGAACAAAUCAAUAACCAGAAUAUUUAUUGGAAUCUAGCUUUUAUUAUAAGAAGGACCCAAAGAUUAUAUCUCGAGCAAACGCACACUCCCCAUGUGAGGACAUGAAGCAUUUACUCUGUGAAUGUUUAAAUGUUCUUGGUAUAAUCUAGGAACCCUAUGAGUUUAUCUCAAAGUGAACUGAUUCUAGAUUUGUUGUCAAUAGAUGCUAUAUGUUGCUCUUCAUAUUUGAAAAACGAUGGAUAGGAGGGUGAGGGAAGCAUACAACGUUGAACCAGUUUCUCUUAUUUAAAUAUUAAAUACUUUAAGCCUUUAAAGUGAAGUUGAUGCUAGCUGCAAACAUUUACUCUUGUAUUUAUCUUCACUAGGAAACUGUGGACUGUAAUUUAUUUUAUUAAAUAUUUAGAAGAUUAUUUGGCUUGUGUGUUCAGGUGAGAAAUACUGAGUUGUUUUUGUUUAAUUUCAUGGUUUUUUUUUUUUUUUAUAUAAUCCCUAGUAGGGGAAGGGGAAAGGAACAGCCUGAAAACAGGUGUGCAUAUUUUAAAAACAAGUGACCUUUUGGGAAUGUAGGCAUUUAGACGAUGAUUUUAGUCGCACUAGGGGUGGGAUUCAAACUACUGGUCAAAGACCAUUUUGUACAGAAAAGGGAACAUCUCCGAUGGGUGUUAAGGUAGGAGUUUCCACACAGCCCUUUAUGUCUGAGAAAUAGUCUCCUCUGCCAUUGGGGUCCCUGUGGAAUCUUCUACAGGAACUGCAGCUCUUCACGUCAUGCUGGGUUACCAGCAUGGGCUUCCCAGAGCACUUCACUCUGUUUCUAACUCCACUGACUUUUCUGACUUGUUUCCUGAGGGACUUGGAAAAGGGGAAGGUAUUAUUCACACAGAUGUGUGUAUGAAGCCUAAAUAACAUCCAACUUUUUUUUCAAAAACAUAGUAAGAGUUUAACCAUAAAUAGAAGAUAAGAGUAAUAUUCCUUUAAAUUUCUUACAGGCAUGUAAAAUUUUAUGUGUUUAUAGAGAGAUGCUAACUGUCAGCAUAUAGUAUUUAUAUUGGGGCAAGAAGGGUUAAAUCAAAUCUUUAAUUUAAGUAAGCAUAGUUCCUUUAAAGAUCAAUAGUAUUUAUACUCUGAAAAGAGUACCAAGCUUAGUUCAGUUAUUUAUUCAUCCAUUUUUUUUUCUAUUAUUUCUCCUUUGAGGGGAAAUGGUGUUUUGUUUUUGUUUGAGUUUUGUUUUUUUGGUUUUUUGGUUUUGGUUUUGUUUUGUUGUCAUUCAGAUUCACUAAAUUUGGGGAUGGUUUUAUUAAAGUAUAUUAACUUCUUUUUAACCAAAGCUUUCUGAAUAUGACCAGCCUCAGGUGCUAGCGCAUUAAAGAGCAACUAAACCUAAUUCCAGUGUCCAUUUGUGAAAUAAUAAAAGCUAAUUAAAUUUCUCUAAGGGUGAGAGAGAACAUAAUGUUGAACUUAAAAGAAAUUCCUUUUCCCAGAAAGGAUUCUGCAUGUAGCUACAAACAAACAAACUCAUGCUCUAACCUCAGUAAUAGUCAUGCCAUGGUGACAUUGCUUUUAUGGUAAACCAAGAUAGGUAAUAUGAUGCUUCUUCCUAGGUGUUUCUGAAAGGAAAGCAGGGGUGGAGCUUAAGAGCCAAGUCCACUGAUUGACAUAGUGGAAUGGAAUAGUAGACAGAGACAUGCUCCGUGAAACAAGAAAACAACUGACCACUCUUUGGAUCGAAGUUGGGAUCUGAUGUUAAACAAUAAAUUCAGUUUAAAAAAAAAAUAUGGAGCUCAGAAAAGGAUGUGAAAAACUUUGUAUUUUCCUUUCUUCAUUAUUAUAAAAACACCUAUGUGACCUAUAAAAUACUUGGGUGAUAGCAGAACAAUUAUCCUAAAUAGUUCUUAUAAUUAAAGUUUCCUAAAUUUCAAUCUCCAAUAUUUUAAGGAUUAGAACCACAUCAGUGUCAGCCCCGCUGCUAUAAUGCCUUUAUACAAUUUUUUUUACAUAAGGCAAAUAAGGCUUUUGUACAAAGCCUGAAUACCUUCUGUUCCACUGGUGUCCAAAUGGUUAUUAUAUUGUGAAAAACCUGGCCUUGGUCACAAUGCAAACAAAAGUACAGAUGAAAGUGCUUUUUGGACAGUUUGCAAAUUGUGUUAAAGCUAUGGAUUUUUUUAAAAGUGUUCAGCAUCUUAAUUUGUAUUAAAGCUUUGGAUUUUUUUUUAAAGUCUUCAGCAUCCUAAUUCACCCUUUCUAACUUAAGAAAAACGUGACUUAAGACACUGCUUCUAAGUUUGGUUGUUCUUUAUAGUGUGGAUACCCAGUUAUCUGUGAGCAUAUGGGGGUGGGCUGAGAGUCAGGUGAGGAAGGAGUGUGUGUGUGUGUGUGUGUGUGUGUGUGUGUGUGUGUGUGUGUGAGAUUUGCAUGUGUAUGAUGUGUGUGCGUCGGACCGCUUCUAGGCUACUAAGUGUCAAUGGAAAAGAAAAUGUAUUCAAAAUACUUAAAUCAAAACUAGAAGAUGGGGAAAAAAAAAGAUUUAUUCUAUACAAAGCCUUGUCUGGACCACUUUAGAGAGACUUCUAUUUUUUUAACCCUUCUAUAAAUAUUUGAUGGCACUUGAAAUAUUCCUGCAAUAAAAUGUGAUUUGUGUAAAGAAAAAAAGAUUUUGUAAUGUGAAACAAAGAAAGAAAGUAAUGUAAUUUUCUAAAAAAAAAAAUACAAACAAACAAACUUUGUAUUAUUUUCUUGAUGGAAUUUGUCUAUCUGUCUUUGGAAAACUUUUUAUUUCAUUGAAUGUGCCAUAGUAGAAAUGUGUGUUUUUAGUUUUAGACUAAGGAAUAGCUAGCUGUUGUGUUCCGACAUUCCAAAAUGCAAAACCUAGUAGUAUCUUUCAUGAAAAGGUUUAAGUAGUAUGUAAGCUUUUCUCAUUGUUGCUUUUUUGCACAUGUUCUUCAUUCCUCUCUAGUGCAAUAUGUACAUAGAGCACUUGCGGGUGUACCUUGAUCCCUCAGGGAAAAAUACAUAUUUGUACAGUUUUUUGGGGUUUUUGUUUUUUGGGUUUUUUUUUGUUUUGUUUUGCCUUUUGUUUUUGGCUAAGGAAUGUCGAUCGAAUCACUUCUUAUUGUUGAGGGGCAGCCAGAUAAUAAUCCUAAAGCCACUGUUUCAAACAUUGAUUGUUUAAAUCAUAUGUCCUUCCAAUGCUAUUAUUUUAAGAUAAUAAUAAAAAGUUAUUUUCUGACAGUUCUUUGUGCUGAUUGGUGAAAAACAAGGGUAAAUAAGCACCUUAUAAUUGACUUACUGUGAAUGACAAUCCAUCUUGAUAUCAACGAUAGAAGCCCUAUCAUUUUGGAGUUGGGGUUAAGAGUCAGAAACAAUGUGCUCAGGGAUCUCCUAAAACUCUUAAAACAGGGUGGCCAGUACUACUGGGACAAAUUGUGUUUUUUAUUAUUAAUAAUAAUGAUAAUAAUACUAUCCCUCCAAGGCACAAGUGAACUAUAUAGAACUGAGUGUAUGUAAACUCUUUACUCUCGUCUCAUUUUGUUGAGUUCAGAACUUGAUGUGCUCUUCAGUCUUGUGUUUCAAAACACUGAAUAACUUCCAAAGCAAAGUUAUGCCAGUGUGUUCAAAAGAUAAAUUAAUAGAUAAUGUACCAGCAAAGAGCAUCAUUCAAAGUAUAGUCCUUGCAUAUUCCAGUUACCAUUUCUCUAAUAAUUAAAAUAUUCAUGAUAAAUAUAUAUAUAGCAUCAUAUGUUAAAAUCUAUUUCAAAUUCUACAUAUUAAGGAUGAAAAUUUUUAAAACCAGUAAUAAGAGGAGAGACCUGCCUAUCAGUAUAGUGAUAUAGGUAAAAGAUAAACUACAAAAUACCAGCAAUUAACUAUUGUUUUCAUGUGUUCUCCUCUAGAAGCAAACCAAAAAUUCCUUCAUGGAAAACAAUUCUUACUUCUACAUGUGUAGUUUAUAUCUGAUGCAUUACAAGAGCUAAUGUUUAAAGACAAAACAAAACCUGCCUGUAUGACAGCAGCACCUCGAGCCAACAUUUAGUGUUACAUGUUAUAUUUUUUUGUUAUCAUAUUCCACAUAUUACUUUCCAUAAAGUCAAAGAAGUUCAAUGUAAUUGUUGGCUCUGAUUCUUCCAUCUUGGGAUACACAUUCACAAGAAGAUUUAUAUAUUUUCUUACUAUGACAGAGGAACGUAAUCUGGGAAAACUUCCCAUGUCUAUAAGAUGAAAAGGAUACCUUUACCAUGUUGUUUUUGAUAAUAAAGAAUAUGGAAACCAGUAGAAAUCUCUCCUCUCUGUGUGUAUUUGUAUAUGUGUGUAUACACACACACGUUAUUGACAUUUUUACAUGUGAUUGCCUCUUCUUAUAAAGUUAUGAUAUAGAACCCCAUGAAAACAACUUCAUAUUAUAGAUCAAGUAAUGUGCCCAGAAAUGCAAUUGCAACAGUAAAUCUUGAUCUAUUGGUAAUAGUCUAUGAUACAGGUCUUCUAUUCUGUACCUAAAUAUAAUAUUAGUAAAGAGGUUCAAUCAGAUUUUAUUAUAGAGACCUUCCUCUUGCUAUUUAUUUUUAAGAGAUGAGAAGACUGACUAACAAUGUCUCCACAGUGCAAUUGGUUUCACUUCUGGAUCUGUCUGUCUGUCUGUGUAGGUGAGAUCAGUGUUGUCAGGCUCUCAGAAUAAUUUUUAAAAGAAUCCAGAAGCCUGACUUCAUACCAAGUAGCCAUCCUAGAUGGGCAGGGGGGAUCUCCAUGUUCAACCAAACCCUCAGAACUUAGAGCAAUAAAUACAUUCAGUCAUUUAUGUAUAAAUGAAUGACAGAAUAUUCAAUCCAAAUAGAAACAACCUUUUUUCAGUGAUGCAACAUAACAUGGAGUCUUAUAUUGAGAAAGUGAAUAUGAAUAUUUUAAAUAGAUGCCUAGAAAAUCUGUGUUUGCUGUUUACAUUUAGUGUACUUUGCCACAUUAGCAGUACCACACUUCUUUUUCUUUCAUCCUUCUAAGAACUAAUGAAAGAUAACUUGCUAUUAGCUUUGACAUGCUGCACAUGCCAUUAUGUUGUUCUCUAAGAACAACUAAAUUCUCUCCAGUGUUCAUGUGUGAUUCCUUUUUCAUCAUUAUUACUUUAAUGUGGAUGAAUACUAUUUCUAGGAACUUGUCACUGAACAGAUUGCAUAUGUAAAUGCAGAUAAUUCUUCAGCAAUAUAGUGAAAAUGAUUUCACAAAAAAAAAAAAAAAAUCCAUAUGUACUGUAUACAUCUUCCUGAAUCCAAAAUUCUCUUGUUAUCCACACAGUCUGAAAUCUCAUAUUAAACAGUGGUAAAUUUUUAAACAUUAGGACAUUAGCUGGCUGCUUCUAUAAAUGUACCUGUACUGUCUGCCUGCUCCUUUUGUGGAGAUGUGUUUUUGUAUUGGAUGUUUGGGCCAAUGGGAGGCUUCAAGCUACAACAUAUUUUCCCAGUUUAAAUAAUAUUUAACAUAUGACAAACCCCAGACAAGGCUUUUAAUAUGUAUAAAGAACUGCAGUGUUAGGUGGUUUAUUUGCAAACCGUUUUCAAUGUUGUCCAUUUUUAUGGCACCUUUAACAAUAUUCUUGUUUCCAAAGUACAAAAAAAAUAGGUUAAAUAAUCUAGCCAUAACUGAAUGUCAAGCAAUAAAACAAAUGACUUUUGUGCAUAGACUUAAAAAAUACAAAUUUUAGACAUCUGCAUGUAAAUGCAAUCUCUUGUUUACUGCUUUCUUCAACUUGAGCAAUCGAUUCCUUAUUUACUAUUAACUUAAGAACUUGUAAUGGCCUGUAAACAUUUUCUCUCUUACUCUUCUUUCAAAUUUACCUGUCCCUGCUUUUGAGUCAUAAUAUUUAAUGUUGUUCUGCACAUCUCUAUACAGUUAACUUUUUGGCUUUCAUUCUGUAUAGAUAAGAAAAUGUUAUAUUAUAAACAGCCUACUCAGUGCAAAUAUUUAUCUGUUUAUCAAAUCCACAAUAUGCUGUAUAAUACCAGUUUUACUAUAUAAUCUAUUUUAGACAUAGCUGUUUAGAACUAGAGUGUGCUAUUUUUGUGUUUUUCUGAUGUGUGGUGCUAGACAAGUUACUUUUGUGAACAACAAAAAAUAUCCCUUUUACUCCUAGACAAUACCACCUUUGGGUCUUGUUAAUUUCACUGAGUAUAACUAUAUAUUUGUAUAUAUAUACAUAUAUAUAUAUAUAUCUACCUAUGCCCAACUGGCAGCUGUAUCAGAGUGCUGGAUUUGGGACAUGCUUUUCUCUUUAAAUACAUAAUAUCGUUAUAUAAAUUAUUCUAGAGUGUAUUUAAUUAGGAUAAAAUUACUUCCUUAGUAUGGAUAUUUGACAUCUAUAGGGUGAAUUUGUUUAUAAAUAUGGCUAUAUGGAAACUUAUUAGCAUUUACUUUAUGUUUGCUACUUGGCUUUAUAGCAUAUCUCCUAAGCUGAAAAAUAAUUUGCCAGGCCUUCAAGAUCCUAAAGAAACUUGUUUAAUGGAGUAAUAUACUUUUUUUUCUUAUUAAGGAAUUAUAUUAUGGGCACCUAACAGAGUUGUAUUCUUAGCUCCUAUUAUAGAUAAUAGGCAUUUAUAUAAAAUAUCCUAGAUGGCUUGAUGGCAGAAUAAACCUUUCCCCUCCUACCUGAGUCAUGAGAAGGAUGGAGACGUCCUCUGCCAGAACAUGGGCCAUAAAGCAAAUUCGACACGGGAUGUUCUGUUUCAAUAUAACCUCAACCAGUUCCAUGAACUGAGUGAAGGACCUUCAUUUUUAAAGUUAUUUAAUAAUGAGCUUAAUUAAGCCUUUCUACGCAUUCUCCCAAGAUCUAUUGGCAUUAUUACAAAGCAAAGUUUAUCAAAUAUCUAACUAAGGAUGUAGUUAACCUUAUUAAAUAUUGAUUAGAAUUGUUCUGUAAUAUUACUGAAUUUGUAAGAUCUUUAGCAAAGAUUUUUGAGCAAUUUAUAAAUGUAGAGCAAAUGUUUCUGUUUACUGCACUUUUUGUAAUUGAAGGUGAUAAAUUCUCAAGCCAUGAUUAUUGGCUUCCAUGCACUGCAUAUUUACCCACAAUUCUAGACAUUUUCCAUUUUUGUGGAAGAGUUGCUGUUACCUUAACUAUAAAUGCAAUUGUGUGGUUAAUGAGAGCUAAUGCUAGUAGUUAACCUUUUAAAGUGGAUUGGCUACAGUUGAGGGAGAAAUCUCUUUUAAUAUAAAUCACAUCAUUCCUUAACUGCCUCGCUUGGAAAGAGAUUGAAACCUUUUUUUUUUAAAGCACCAUUUAGCAUCCUAAGCUUCCUGAGGGUAGAGAUUGUAUGUAUCUCUUUGCGUCUGCACAAUGGCUAGCACAGGUCAGCAUUUGACAAUUGUUAAAUGAUAACAAGUGUGCCCCAAUUAAAACUUUCUUCCUGGGUUGUUUUGUGAAAUUUAUAAAGUAAGCCAAGCCUUAUGGUUAACAUUCUCUUCUACAACCAAGUAUUAAAGCCACAUUUAAAAAGACCACAUGAAAUGCUGAUUCUAAUUGUGUGUAGGUCUUGAGGAUGAAGCACACAAAUUUCACAAACCUCUGUGUGAGUAAACAAACUCAGCCUUCUGUAAAUAUACAUGCAAGUUUGGAAACAGUAAUACUGUACCUAUGAAUAUAUGGUCUGUUUUGUGUACAGUAUGUAAAAACUCCUUUUCUGCCACACUAAAAAUGCAAGCCAUUUAUGGGAAUCCUAAAACUAGUACUGAACUAAAACUUUGCUAAUGAUCUUUAUUAGAGGAUCAUCCAACUUUCCACUUACCUUGGGUUUUCUUUUCAAUUCACUCUUACAGUAGUCUGCUUAUUUCCAGCUGUUUAUUUUAUUGAGUCCUGAAUUUAAAAAAAAAAAAAUAUUUUGAUUCAUUUUGUAAAUACAAGCUGUACAAAAAAGAGAGAUUUAAUGUUGUCUUUUAAAUACUCCAAUUUUCAUUCUAAUAUGAAUGUUGUUAUAUUGUACUUAGAAACUGUACCUUUAAUAUUACAUUACCUUUAUUAAAAGUGCAUUGAACACAUCAAUUUUAGAUGUGCUUUAUGUACUGUUAUCCUAUAAUAAAACUUCAGCUUCUAAUGGAA